AUGACAGACCUUAGUCUCUACAUAAACAAUUUAAGUGAUGAUGAAAAAAAUCUGUUAUACCUUAAUUUACGAAGUCUUAAUAGAAGUAUACAAUAUGGUCUUGAUAACGAAUUGUCAAUAUUUUUUUUGAGAUUGUAUGGCGAAGUAAAUAGUUUAAAAUCUAAAUAUGAUACAGAAGUUCGUAAGAUCCAACAUAAAACAAAGAUUUAUCAGAUCUACAUACUUUUGCUUACAUUAAUACUAUCGCUAUUAGUAUUAUCUCUUUAA